CAAAUAUUCUUGAGUUCUAAAUAAUUAACAGUUUUUGAAAUAAAUAAAAUAAUCUGAGGCUAUAUCUUCCUACUCCCUAGAAGAAAAGAAAUAUACAAAGUAUAUCUACUAUUUACAAAUACAGAUGAAAAAGGGUUAAUAGGAUUCGGAAAUCCUAAAACAAGGGCAAAUCAUAGUAAUCAUGGCGAAAAGGCGAGGGAGACGGAGCCGUCGACAACGUCGUAUAAACAGCCACCGCAAAAUCCACCGGAUAAUCGAGGGUGCAGAUUUCAUCAACUCUAUGCCAGAUGAAAUCCUCCGCCACAUCCUCUCAUUUACUACCAUGGAUCUGGCGAUCAGGACUUCCGUCUUGUCGAGACGAUGGAGGCAUGUGUGGUGCGAAGUACCUUGUCUCAACUUUUACACGGCGGCUCGAGGGAUCGACGAAACCUUAGUUUCCUACAGGGCUCCGAAAAUCACGAGUUUUCGUGUUUGGAUGCCCGAUUCUGUUGUCACUGCGCCGCCCCAGGUUGAUAGCUGGGUCGAGUUCGCUAUGUCCCGCAGUGUUGAGAAGUUGACUCUGGCCAACUGUCGUUUUUAUCAUCCCGAGACUUAUCGUUUCCCGGAUUCCUUCUAUCUUAGUUCCUCCUUAACGCAACUCACAGUGGUGGCUUUCUAUGUGAUUCCCAGUUGCGCAGUGUCUUGGAGUUCCCUGAGGAACUUGACAUUGAGUUUCUGUAAUCUCUAUGACGAUAGCGUUGCUAAUAUGCUCUCUGGCUGUCCUAAGCUCGAAACCUUGAAACUGCAUCACUUUGCUGGUUUACUUGAGCGUCUCGAUCUGACGAAAUCACCGAGCCUCGCAACAUUGGAAAUAAUGCGUGGGUUCCGGAGGUCAGGGGCAAUGGAGAUUGUAGCGCCGCACAUACAUUCUUUGACUUUGGAAUGCUCUGAGGAACCAUCUACAUUAGUCAAUGUCUCCUCUUUGACCGAAGCUAACCUUCACAUUCGCAUGCCUAUCAUCUGUUCGAAGUCUAGUUUUCUUCAGAUGGCUGCUUCUCUUCAGACCAUGGUGCUUAAGAUGCUAGCAGGUUUGCAAAACGUAGAGAGGCUCACUUUUGGUUUUGGGGGAACCCUUCUUCAGAUUAUGACUCUCGCCGAGCUCCAUGGUGUUCCUUUCCCAACGCUCAAGGUCCAAACUUUGACUCUUGAAACCAUGUUUACAGGAUCUGUUAUUCCUGGUAUAGCAAGGUUACUACAGAAUUCACCUGGAUUAAAGAACCUUAUAGUACACGCAACAUACUCAGGCAAAAUACGGGAUAAGUACAUGGACUUCUAUUUUUUGAGUUUACGAGUUAAAUGUUGGAGAUCAAACUAUUAUGUGUUUCCUACCUCAGAAGAGAUCAAUUCCAUGUGGGGUUGUAAUGAUGCAACCUCGAAACUUUUGGCCUCGUUCAUGGAAUUGGUGCUGAAAAACGCCAAGACGCUAGAGAGGAUGGUUGUGUGGUUGGGAGGUACUGACUUUGAUGAUGAUCAAUGGGUUGAAGAGCUGCGUCAGAUGGCUGGAACACUUUCUCACAGCAAUAUUGUCUCCAUUGUGAUCAAACGACGCAAUUGAUAUAUUUGAAACCGAACCGGUUUAUUUUUUUUAACAUACAUAUUUUGGGACAAAUAAUUAUGCAUGAGUGCAUGAGCAUGGCUAACCAGAAAAAAGGGCAGAGUCUUUCUAAAAUGAAUUGUAUUUCCCUUCAAUUACGUUUUCAGGUAACAAUUUAGUUCAUUUUAACCAAAAGGUUUUAGUCUUCUUCUUUUUUUUGUCAACCUAAAUUCCUAAUUAUGGGUUUUGAACAGUGUGUAUAUCAAAUGCAUUAGAAACUGAGCAAUUCUC